CUCUCUUCUCCUCUUCUAAAGAUGGUUACACCCCAAAGUCUGUUUACUCUCUUCGGGGUGUAUGGUGAUACCCAGAGGGUGAAGAUCCUCUACAAUAAGAAAGACAGUGCUCUGAUACAGAUGGCUGAUUCCAACCAAGCCCAGCUAGCCAUGAGUCACCUGAAUGGGCAGAAGAUGCAUGGGAAACCAAUCAGGGUGGCUCUGUCUAAGCACACCUCGGUGCAGCUGCCCAGGGAUGGACUGGAUGACCAGGGCCUCACCAAAGACUUCACCAACUCGCCCCUGCACCGCUUCAAGAAGCCUGGCUCCAAGAACUUCCAGAAUAUUUUCCCUCCCACCACUACUCUUCACCUCUCCAACAUCCCAACGGACGUUUCCGAGGAAGACCUCCGACUUCUCUUCUCCAACGCCGGGGGAACCGUGAACGCAUUCAAGUUCUUUCAGGAUCACAAAAUGGCGCUGCUCCAGAUGUCAACGGUGGAAGAGGCCAUCCAGGGUCUGAUCGACCUCCACAACUACAACAUGGGCGACAACCAUCACCUGAGAGUCUCCUUCUCCAAAUCCACCAUCUAAACUUAUUGCAUAAUGAUCGAUCCUCCACAACAUCCACCGCUUUCUGUUUUCCCUAGCAGGCAUUUGUUAAACCCUGUUGACUCGUUCCAGACUCUGGGGACCACAUUUGGACCUUUUAUUGUUUCUUUCUAAGUGUCAUCAGUCAUUCCUUCAGAGAACCAGAAACCCAAACCGGGGGGAGGAAAUGUUGUACUUCUAUGUUUUGAGGACAUUUUAACCCCUUCACCUGAUCCUGACCCCUGUGUUAGUCCCAUACCCUCUGAUCCUGACCCCUGUGUUAGUCCCACACCCUCUGACCCCUGUGUUAGUCCCACACCCUCUGACCCCUGUGUUAGUCCCACACCCUCUGACCCCUGUGUUAGUCCCACACCCUCUGACCCCUGUGUUAGUCCCACACCCUCUGACCCCUGUGUUAAUCCCACACCCUCUGACCCUGACCCCUGUGUUAAUCCCACACCCUCUGACCCUGACCCCUGUGUUAAUCCCACACCCUCUGAUCCUGACCCCUGUGUUAGUCCCACACCCUCUGACCCUGACCCCUGUGUUAGUCCCACACCCUCUGAUCAUGACCCCUGUGUUAAUCCCAUAGCCUCUGAUCCUGACUCCUGUGUUAACCCCCUGACCCCUGUGUUAAUCCCAUAGCCUCUGAUCCUGACCCCUGUGUUAAUCCCAUAGCCUCUGAUCCUGACCCCUGUGUUAAUCCCAUAGCCUCUGAUCCUGACUCCUGUGUUAACCCCCCUGACCCCUGUGUUAAUCCUAUAACCCAUUUGUAUGAUCAGCAAACUAUUUGCCUUUUCUACCUUCUCAUUAUGAAGGGUGGAUGAUUGGACAUGGGCGCCUCUUCUUUGACUAUGAUGAUUAGUUCUACAAGAUAUGUGCCUUACCAGACUAUCGACUCUUUUUACAUCCCAAAUAUUGACAUGAAUCCCUGUCUGAUUUUGAGGCACAUUUUAAUUUUGAUGUGAAAUUUAACAUGAUUUGUCUCUUCCCCGUGUCACUGUUGUAGUUUGUACGCUUCUGCCAUCCAAGUUUUGCCUUUUUCAGUUGCUGUUCAAUUUGUGGAGUUUUACUUCCCCCCCCUUCCCCGUUAAAUUCACUGUGGUUGUUGUGGAGAGGUGAACAAUAUGAGAUUGAAGUUGAAUCAGACUUUUUUAUUUUAAUUUUAGCUCAUUUAGACCAUGUUGCUUGAAGGUUUCUUGUAGAGGAACAACCAACAACACUGAUUUUUAACCCUGGUUAUUUUUCCUUUUUUUUGUUUAGUUUACACAUUUACUAAAAUAGUCUUAAUGUUUCUGUUCUUUAUAGGUUAUACUUCCCUUGUUUUUCAUCACAUUCAUGUACAUGGGUAGGAGGUGAGAGGUUUUCUAUGCAUCUACUGCCUGUUCUCUCUAGUUCUUGGAAUAAAACCUACGUAAUACUUUUACUAAUUUGAACUGCACUUAACGGCCACGAUAUUGUCAUACACAUGACAAAGCAAAUGUUAUGACUGUUUUGAAACACACAGUUCUAGCGAAGUGUUACCAAAAGAAAAAAAAAAUGCUUUUGCAUGUGUUGGAAGAGGUUAGCGAAGUAGAACCUGUUGUGAAGUCAACGUGUUGCUGUUUAGAGGGACAACCCCUGGUUGGGACCAAAGUCUGUGCCUUUUUCGUCUUUCAUUUACAGUUGUAUCACAAAGGAAAAAGAAUCAACAUUUUAAUGAACCCCCUCUGAUAUAUUUUGUGUAUCGGGGAGGAGAGAAAAAAAUAAGGUAAGGUACGGGACACGAUUCAUUAUCAACGACAUUAAUUCCUUAUACAUUUAUUUUAAGCAGACCUACACAUAAUAACCAUUAUGGUUUUAAGAAUCCCUCAACUUGCUGGAUAAACGUAUGUUUUCAAGAGAGAAAAAGUGUCUUUUCUAUAUUGGUUACAUUUUUUACAUCUCUGGAAAUGUAAGAUUCAGAUAUAGUUUGGAAGCGGCACGAUUAAAAUAAUUUUCUAACAAAAAAGUCGGGAGAUUUGGUCGGACGUGUUUUAGAUGUUUCUCUUCUAUCGUGUGUGUGUGAGUGUUCUGCUUUUCCUCUGUAGCAUGUUCAAUAAACUUCUGUAGCUCUUCA